AUGGCACCUCCUGACUAUAGUUACAGCUACUCAAGUGUUUUCGACAAUGACAACAUAGGUGUGGGCCAUGGUAGGGGAAGACUGCGAUCGCCGCAGGGAUGGAGCGCAAAGGGUAAAAACAUCGGUGAGUGGAUGCAGAUCGAUGGAGGAGAGGUGCAGAGCAUAGCAGGCGUUGUGGUGCAAGGGAGACAUGACAUGGACCAGCGAGUGACAUUGUUUGAUGUUGAAAUCAGUGAUGACGGGCAAAAGUGGGUGGAGGUCGAGUGCGGAAGAAUCUUCGACGGCAACUCCGACAGGGACACCAAGGUCUUCGCUGUGUUUACUAGUCCUGUCCUAGGACGCUUUGUUAGGAUUUAUCCCCUCGACUGGCAGGGCCACAUGUCGAUGCGAGCUGCACUUCUUCUU